AUGUGCAUAAAAAGCACUCAUGCAAGCACAGCGAUAGUGUUACCGCGGAUGCGCUCCGUGCCGUGUGUUAGAAAGCUGACAGAUGUAGCUGCCGUGCCUGCAGACGGCAGCAUGGAUCAGCGGCCAAUGCAAGGGAAGCGCACGUUGAGAGUUUCGGGAUUCUCGAGCUUGCUGUAUUGA